CAUAUCAGUAUCCAAGAAAGAGUAGAAACAGUCUGGAGAGAGAGUGAUGAUAGUAAGGGGAGGUGAAAAUCUGACGGAAAAUCUUGGAAAGUAACAUGGAAAAAGGAGCAUAACAACCGUCUUCCGGAGCUGCUUAUCAUAUUGUUCUUCACCAGAAAAAGAAGAUCAAAACAUUCGUCUUCACUCUCUAUUCAUACACACAUAUCUGUAUACGUAUUUUUGCAUGCGAAAAUUUUACUGGAAGAAAAUAGUGGGGGCCGAGAAUGAAUAAAGCAAAAAAGAGAAGGGUAAAGGAGCCUUGAAUCUCAGCUCCCCCUUUUGGGAACAAACAGAAACAAAUAUGGCGGAAGAUCUCUGUUUCUGGCUCAAGGAUAGCUUGAUUAUAAAAAUUCCAAAGAAGAAUCCACUGGCAUUGAGGAUGGUGGUUUUGGUCUUCGUGAUGCUGUGUGCAAUUUAUAUAUCUUCUGUCUGUCUUAGGCAAGUCGGGCAAUUCGGUGGACAGUCAACUGGACGUUUAUUCAGCGUUCCAGUCAUAGAGAGACCUUGUGAAGCAGUUGACAUUGAACCUUCAGAAAAGUCUUAUGUGCAUUUCCCCAAACCAAAGACUUUUAGCAGGGAUGAAUGUGCGUGUAAUCCUGUACGGAACUUUGCAAUCUUGUCAACACAGAGGUCUGGAAGUGGGUGGUUUGAGACAUUAUUGAACAGUCAUAUGAACAUAAGCUCCAAUGGUGAGAUAUUCUCAGUUAAGGUCCGGAGAAAGAACAUUUCCACAAUUGUAGAAACUUUGGAUAAACUUUAUAAUCUAGACUUCCUUACCAGCGCCUCAAAAAAUGAGUGCACGGCUGCCGUUGGAUUGAAAUGGAUGCUUAACCAGGGCUUGAUGCAACAUCAUGAGGAAAUAGUGGAAUACUUCAAGUCUAAAGGUGUUUCGGCAAUUUUUCUUUUCAGAAGGAAUCUGUUCCGCCGCAUGAUUUCGAUACUAGCUAAUUCUUACGACCAGAACGCCAAACUACUAAACGGGACUCACAAAUCCCAUGUGCACUCUGCCCAUGAGGCUGAGAUACUUGCGAGUUACAAGCCGACUAUCAAUACAAGUCUACUCAUACCCAAUCUGAAGCAAGUGGAAGAACUAGUCACCAAAUCGUUGGAAUAUUUCAAGAGCACUCGGCAUAUCAUUCUCUACUACGAGGAUGUAGUAAAGAAUCGAACAAAAUUGGUCGAUGUUCAAGAUUUUCUUAGAGUUCCACGACAGGAGCUGAAGAGUCGUCAGGUGAAGAUACACAAAGGACCGUUGUCCUCACAGGUCGAAAACUGGGGAGAGAUCAAGAAGACGCUCAAGGGAACACAUUAUGAGUCUUUUUUAGGAGAAGAUUACAAAUUGUAACUAAUGUGUGCACCCUGUAUAUAUCUUGGCUUCUCUAGCUUAGCUUAUUUAUUCAUUAAUUCUUUGAACAGGGAGAAACCGAGCAAUGCAUCAUCUCCCUGUUGUGAAAUUUUGAAGGAAUGAUAUUUAGACUGACGGCUUCAGAAACUUGGGAAUGUUCUGUUCUAGUCUACCGAUGUUUUAACAUGAAUGGUUUAGAUUA